GCCUGCCGCGUCGUCAGUCCCGGGAGCGCCAGGCAGCAGCGGGGCUCGGCCAUGGCGGCGACGGCGGUGGCGGCGGGGGCCCGGGCCGCGGCGGGGAACGACUCUUCCGGGGGACCCCCGGGCCCGGGGGCGGCGCUGGAGCUGUGGCUCAAUAAAGCCACAGACCCAAGCAUGUCUGAGCAGGACUGGUCAGCCAUCCAGAACUUUUGUGAGCAAGUAAACACGGAUCCCAAUGGCCCGACAUAUGCACCCUGGCUCCUGGCACACAAAAUCCAGUCUCCACAAGAGAAAGAAGCUCUCCACGCCUUGCUGGUGCUGGAGACAUGCGUGAACUAUUGUGGGGAGAAGUUCCACAACGAGGUGGGCAAGUACCGCUUCCUGAAUGAGCUGAUCAAAGUGCUGUCCCCCAAGUACCUCGGCUCCUGGAGCACAGACAAGGUUAAAGGGAGAAUCAUCGAAGUCAUCUACAGCUGGACCGUGUGGUUCCCAGAAGACAUGAAGAUCCGAGAUGCCUACCAGAUGCUCAAGAAACAAGGGAUCAUAAAACAAGACCCUAAGCUGCCAAUGGACAGAAUCCUGCCUCCACCUUCGCCCUGGCCCAAGAGCUCCAUCUUCGAUGCCGACGAAGAGAAGUCAAAGAGGGACUGGCUUUUCCUUCCUUCUCCGCAGUUACUGACAAGGCUUCUGAAGAGUAACCACCCUGAGGAUCUUCAGGCUGCAAACGAGCUGAUCAAGACUCUGGUCAAGGAGGAGCAGGAGAAGUCAGAGAAGGUGUCAAAGAGAGUGAGUGCCGUGGAGGAGGUGCGGAACCACGUGAAGGUGCUGCAGGAGAUGCUGGGCGUGUAUGGCCAGCCUGGGCAGGCGCCCCGGGACCAGGAGUCCCUGCAGGCGGUGUAUGAGAGGUGUGAGAAGCUCCGGCCCACCCUGUUCCGACUGGCCAGCGAGACCACGGACGACGAUGAAGCAUUGGCGGAGAUACUCCAAGCAAACGACCUCCUCACCCAGGGAGUCCUGCUGUACAAGCAGGUGAUGGAGGGCCGAGUCAUCUUUGGGAACACCGCCACCAGCCCUGCGGACGACACGCCUGUCUCCAGAGCCAUUCAGGAUCCAGCAGACUCCAAGAAGAGCUGUCCCCUGAUUGACCUGGAGGGGGACAGUGGUCCUGAGCAUGCUCAGACUCUGACGCCAUCUUUGCUCCAUCAGGACCUGGCAGCCCUAGGGAUCAGCGAUGCCCCAGCUACCAGCAAGGUUGCCGGUCAGCCCUACCUUGGGGGCCUGAGGACUCCCACUGCCGGUGCUCCUCUGAGCGGCGGCGUCCAGGGCUCCUCUGCGGAAGGGAACCUUCUGGAUCUGCUCUCCCUGCAGCCAGCUGCUGACCCUCUGAAUUUUUCUACCCAGAAAAGCAGCCCCAAGGAGGUGGCCCUAGGUCCUAAGUCCUCUCCAGGGUGGUCCUGGGAUGCUGGUCCGCUGGCCUCUUCGUCAUCCCAGAAUGCACCGCUGGCACAUGUGUUUGUUCCUCUGGAGUCUGUGAAGCCCAGCAGCUUGCCUCCUCUCACCGUCUACGACCGCAACGGCUUCCGGAUCCUGCUCCACUUCUCCCAGACCGGCGCCCCCGGCCACCCCGAGGUGCAGGUGCUGCUGCUGACCAUGAUGAGCACGGCCGCCCAGCCCGUCUGGGACAUCAUGUUCCAGGUGGCCGCACCCAAGUCCAUGAGAGUGAAGCUGCAGCCAGCAUCCAGCUCCAAGCUGCCAGCGUUCAACCCGUUGGUGCCGCCGGCCGUGGUCUCUCAGAUGCUGUUGCUGGACAAUCCCCACAAGGAGCCCAUCCGGUUACGGUACAAGCUGACGUUCAACCAGGGCGGACAGCCGUUUAGCGAAGUGGGAGAAGUGAAAGACUUCCCUGACCCCGCUGUCCUGGGUGCAGCCUAAAUCCCCAGGACAGACCCACCAUCCAUGCUCAGGCCACUGUCUCUUGCUGCCUAGACCAUCACACUCAGCACGGUGGCUUAGUACAGAGUGCCAAGAGUGCCAGCCUGACUUCAGGCUCAGGUGCCAGCCUCUAACAUCCCCUGCAGAUACUGAGUGUGUGUGCUUGCGUGCGCGCAUGUGUGCGUGUGUGCUCUGGGGGAGAGCAGAGCUUGGGCUGUGCGUAGCGUGGGAACUGCUCAAGUGCCUCCAGCAGCCGUCUCUCUGGUGACUGACACAGAUACCCUGCUUCAAGUUGGAGGUUUUUGUCUCUUUGUUUGUUUUUUAAAGCCAAAGUUGUUUUGUUUUUUCCUCAUAUUGGUAUCUUUCCAUUCCUCCUCUCUGUGCCUUUCCAACUUUUUGAUAGUCUCGGUCGCUCCUGGCUCCUGCUCUCAGGGACCUUACCGGGGACCUGCUUGGUUUUGGAGCAGAGAGUAGCUCAUCUUCAAGGGACUGUUUUCCAAGAAAGCCCUUCUGUCCAUGCUGUGCUUGCAUGCAUCUGAGGAGACCCAGUUGGGAUGCUUGUCGCGUUGCGUGCCAAGCAUGGGGCUGCCUCUGGAGCCUGGCAGGGGCCAAGCCUGUCCUUCACCACCGUGCCUUAAAAUCAGAAGAGACAGCAGACCCUUGGGUCCCGAGGGCCAGGCAGCCUGCUAGAGACCUUUUUGAUUGUGCCGCCAUUCCUGUGAUUGUAAAUACCACCGCUCACAGGGUCACCCGUGCCUGUUGAUUUCACAGUUCAACAUGGAGUUAUUGUGAAAAGAGCUUAGCAAUGAUGUAAGUGGUGACUGAACAGUGCAGACAAUCCCCGAAUAAAAGCCUGGAUAGCGCA